AUGCCCAGGGAAAUCAUAACGCUGCAGGCGGGCCAAUGCGGCAACAGCGUCGGCCAGCAGUUCUGGCAGCAGCUGUGCCAAGAGCACGGCAUCAACCAGGACGGCAACCUCGAGGACUUUGCGACCGAGGGCGGCGACCGCAAAGACGUCUUCUUCUACCAGUCCGACGACACUCGCUACAUUCCACGCGCCAUCCUCCUCGACCUCGAGCCUAGGGUGCUCAACUCGAUCCAGUCGGGCGCCUACAAGAACAUCUACAACCCGGAGAACUUCUACAUCCACAAGUCAGGCACCGGCGCCGGCAACAACUGGGGCAUGGGAUACAGCAUGGGCGAGCAGGUCCAUGAGGAGAUCCUCGACAUGAUCGACCGCGAAGCAGACGGCUCCGACUCGCUCGAGGGCUUCAUGAUGCUGCACUCGAUCGCUGGCGGCACCGGCUCGGGCCUGGGCUCCUACAUGCUCGAGCGGCUCAACGACCGCUUCCCCAAGAAGCUCAUCCAGACCUACAGUGUCUUCCCCAACACCCAGGACGGUGACAUCGUCGUCCAGCCCUACAACAGCCUGCUCAGCAUGCGCCGCUUGACCCAGAACGCCGAUUCAGUCGUCGUCCUGGAUAACGGCGCCCUGUCCAAGAUCGCCGCAGACCGCCUGCACGUGCUGAACCCAUCCUUCGAGCAGACCAACCAGCUUGUCUCGACCGUCAUGUCCGCCAGCACCACCACCCUGCGCUACCCAGGCUACAUGCACAACGAUCUCGUUGGCAUUGUUGCCUCGCUCAUUCCCACACCACGCUGCCAUUUCUUAAUGACUUCAUACACUCCCUUCUCCGGCGAGAACGUAGAACAGGCCAAGACAGUCCGUAAGACAACCGUGCUGGACGUCAUGAGGCGACUGCUGCAGCCGAAGAACCGCAUGGUUUCUACCAACCCAACCAAGAAGAGCUGCUACAUGUCCAUUCUGAACAUCAUUCAGGGAGAGGCUGACCCCUCAGACGUACACAAAUCACUCAUGCGUAUCCGCGAACGGCGGCUCGCUACCUUCAUUCCCUGGGGCCCGGCCUCGAUCCAGGUCGCUCUCACCAAGAAGUCGCCCUACGUACAAUCGUCCCACCGCGUUUCCGGCCUUAUGCUGGCAAAUCACACCGGUAUUGCAACGCUGUUCAAGCGCAUUGUGGCCCAAUACUCUACACUCAGGAAGCGCAAUGCUUUCCUCGAAAGCUACAAGCGGGAAAUCCCCUUCAAGGAUGGUCUCGGCGAGUUUGACGAAGCCAAGGAAGUCGUGCAAGGCUUGAUCGAGGAGUAUGAAGAUGCCGAAAAUGCAGACUAUCUGAGCAAGGAAACGCCGCCCACCGACGAGGACGGCGACAAGAGAGUCGCUUAA